UUUCUUGUCUUUUCGUUCCCUACAUUAUGAUUUAUCAACAAACCACAAGGAAACUCCCACAGUAUCUGCAGUGUCCGUGAGAAAGAUGGACUUGCGAAGGGACUGGAGGCUUUGGAUACGGCCUUUUAUUAUCCUCCUCUAUUUCAUACUGGCUCUGUUUGUUGCACUUCCCUUGUGUAUCAUAGAACUGAACAGAGCUGACAAACCCACACACGUACAAGCCUGGUUUGCCUCGGGUAUCUUUGUACUAUGUGCCUUACCUAUUUCAUUAUUUGGAAUGUUACAACAUCUAGUAAACUAUACACAGCCAAAUCUCCAGCGUCACAUCAUUAGAAUUUUAUGGAUGGUGCCAAUUUAUGGAGUAAAUGCAUGGUUUGCCCUUCGUUUUCCACAUGCUGCCAUUUAUUUAGACACUAUCAGAGAAUGUUAUGAAGCCUAUGUGAUCUAUAACUUCAUGGCUUACCUCUUACAAUAUCUCAAUAAUCAACAUCAACUACAACAUUUCGAACAGAAAGAUCCAGUCACACAUAUCUGUCCUCUGUGCUGUAUACGGCCAUGGAGAAUAAACAGAAAUUUUAUACAGAGAUGUAAACAUGGAGCCCUACAGUACACUAUUGUUAGACCUCUAACUACUGUUGUUGCCUUAGCCUGUGAGAUGGGAGGUAAAUAUCAUGAGGGAGACUUUGAUUUUAAAUCUGCCUGGUCUUAUCUUGUCAUCAUUAAUAAUAUAUCACAAAUUAUAGCGAUGUAUAGUUUGGUAUUGUUUUAUAAAGCAAUGAAAACAGAACUAGCACCAAUUAAUCCAGUUCCUAAAUUUCUGUGUGUUAAAUUUGUUGUAUUCUUCUGUUUUUGGCAAUCCCUAGCUAUUGCAAUACUAGUCAAACUAGAUGUUAUACCAAGUGGAGGGACCUGGGAUUUCUAUCACAGUAUCACUGAUGUAGCAACAGGCUUACAGGAUUUUAUUAUCUGUGUAGAAAUGUUUAUAGCCGCCAUUGCCCAUUACUACUCAUUUUCCCACAAACCAUUCAUUGUCACAGAGGAGAAUGUACACCAGUCUAACUGCUGUGGAGCCUUCCUGUCCAUGUGGGAUGUCUCAGACAUGAGGGAUGAUGUGCUGGAGCAUGCUAAAAUAAUAAGUAAAGCAGUAAAGAAAACAGUGAGUAAACCAAGAAUAAAAACCAAUGAUACAGAACGGACACCAUUAAUAAAAGACAGUCAGAGUAACUAUACAUCAGAUGGGGGUCCCAGUGACUGGGAUACAGCUUCACUAGAACAAAGGGAAAUAACUCAUAAAAAAUCAGUUCCUACUGAAUCAAUGAAUAAUUACAUUGUGUUUGGUUCCAGUUCAGAAACUAAUUAUAGCAAUGAUACUCAGACAGAUGUAAAGGUAAGACAGAAAGAUCAUGUGACUAGUGAUAAACAAGAAGUGGAAAUUAAUAGACCAAUAGAAAGUUGUGAAACAAAUGUAGUUAGUGUAUCAUCCAAUCAAGAAGAAAGUAACAAAAGUGAUAAUAAACAAACAGAAGGGUUAAUUGAAGUAGAAGUUCAUAGCAAUAUAAACAGUAGAACAAUAGAUACAGACCAGACAGGUUCUAUACAGGUUGAUAUGUCGACAGUAAAUACUGAUGACACUCCUAUUGUAUAAUGUUUUAUUAUAAUUAUAAAUUAAAUGAAUGCUUCAUUGAUGUUAGUAUGGUUACUACAGUAUACAAAUUAAGAUUGUAAACUAUUGUGAAGAAAUUUAAGUAAACUUAUGUAUAUCUUGCUUUUUUUAGAAUAUUGUGACAACCAAUUAUAUGUUGUUUCUUUCUGUUCAGUGCCAUAGCUACUUAAUAUCAAUGUUUUAUAUUCAAAUGUGCAUAAUUGCCAACAUUUUUUAUUACGUCUUUCAUUUUCAUUGUUUUUGAAUGUAAUUAUUUAUUUUAUAGUAAUAAAAAUAGUGCUAUUUUUCAAAUA